UAUUAUACGAAUUAUUCCAUUUAUAAAUAAAUUGUUCUCUCUACACACAAACACGCACACAGUCUGUUAAUUACACGAGUUAAUUGUAACAUUUUUCUCGAUAAGUUGACAGAGCAAGGAAAAUGAGCGACGAACAUACCUACAAACUAAUCUACUUCAAUGCCCGUGGUCGUGCCGAACAUAUACGGUACAUAUUUGCAUAUACUGGCAUCGAGUAUACCGACGAGAGGAUCCCCGAAGAACUCUGGCCUGAAUACAAGGAUUCAAUGCCUUAUAAAAAGCUGCCUGUGCUGGAGAUAGACGGGAAACCGGUAGCCCAGAGUAACGCUGUGGCGCGAUACUUGGCGAGGAAGUACGAUCUAAUGGGAAAGGACGAAUGGGAUGCGAUGAUAUGCGACGAGCUCGUCGAUACUCUUGGAGAUUUGAAGCAAGGUGAGUAACUGAUGAGAUGACUUUGCGUUUGUCUCACCACAGAGACAGACGUUCAAGAAUUCAUUGUGAAAAGACGAGUACAAACAAGAUACGUAUGUCUUUCCGUUAAGCGAAUGUUACAGUUUGUUUGCAAAAGUCAGUUUUUAGAUUAUAGAAUCGUAGAUAGAAUUUAGAGGAUAGAAACUUUUAGUAGUCACUUUCAGUUUAGUAAAGUCUUAUCGACAAUAAGCAGACUACGUUAUGAUACAACGAUUCCAACUGAAGAUUUCUAUCGACAUCACGAAUUCGAUGGCUUCCAAAUUUUCUUCUCUGUAAUCUCAGACGCUCAACUCGAAAGAAUCUUUUAGAUCCCCCGACAAACACUCGACUCAGGUUAUCUAUUAUCGUAAUCUUCCUACGGGAUUUUUUUUAACUGCGUUGCGUUAACGAAUAACGGGAUAACAUCACGUUUCUCUCAACGCCUUUCAACGUUCUACAACUUUUAUUCUUUGCAAAUCCCUGUCUCUAUAUGAUAAACGCUGGUUAUCCGCGGAAGGAGCGAGGACAACGAAGUGUUACUCGAUGAUCAAAGACAGGAAGAUCCUGGUACGCGAUAACGUUACUAAUUUCCAAUUACGAUAUGUGUGAUUACGUAACAUCUGCUGUCUGCAUAAUGCGUUAACGAUCCGCGCGUUGAUCGCAUAAAUAUAAAUCGAAGGGAAUGGAAUCGCUCGAAACUCAUGCAACUAUCCGCAGGUGUUUAAAAUCGUGUUUCUACACCGCCAACGUAACGUCACGCCAGUCGAAUCGAAAAAUUAUUACUAGACAGAGAAGGUGAACAAAAAACGAGGUAAAUAGGCUACCGAUUGAAUAAUAUCAUAACGAUCGUAUCUCUGGUUUUUGCUCGUCUUUUAUAUUUGUUUCAAAUGUAUAAAAUAUAAUCGUAUCGAUAUCGUCCACGAUUAAAGCCAUCCAUCCGCCAUCGACGAGGAACGAACGAUUAUAUUUUAUCAUUUAUGCGAAUCCUUCUCUUCUCUUCUUUCUCUAUUUACGCCCCUCGCCUUGCUUCGUACCGCCGAUGAUUCACAAUUCGAUGCACCUGAACAGCUGGAACGUCGCAGAUUUUUCCGUACGAUAACAAACGUGUUUUUGAUGGCCUGCUUUAAACCGUGACGAU